AUGGCUACAUCUACUGCAUCUUCGACCCAAGGAUUUGAGGAAUUCAACAUACCAUCUACUCAUCCUUUCUAUGUUCAUCCGUCUGAUAGUCCGGGUAUUCAUCUAGUUUCUCCUAAGUUUGAUGGAAAUGGAUUUGUAGUAUGGAGGAAAAAUAUGCUUACUGCCUUAUCUGCAAAAAAUAAGUUAGGAAUGAUAACUGGUACUAGUAAUGCUGCUAAACCAGCAGCUGAUUCACCUUAUUACCCCUUCUGGGAGAGGUGUAACGAUAUGGUAAUUGCUUGGAUAACCAAUUCCCUCUCCACAGACAUAGCAACUAGUGUAAUGGGUUUUGAUACAGCUAAAGACAUUUGGACUGAUAUAACUGAAAGAUUUGGGCAAUCAAAUGGUUCUAAGUACAUUCAACUACAAAGGGAGCUUAGUUCUACUUCCCAAGGGGCCUCGAGCAUUGCUUCCUACUUCACCAGAUUGGGGCCCUAUGGGAUGAAUUAA